UAAUCAAUCAAUCAACCAAUCACAUUUUAUUUGCAUUGGUUGCUGAACUAUGAAAUAAUAUAUAUACUGGCCGAGUCUUAUUCUACCUUAAUAUUGGCAUAAUUAAUGCUUGAUGAAGCGGUAAUGUAAUAUUGAUUGAGUAGUGCUCAGCAAUUUCAAUAAUUCCAAGUGGACAUUUACCCGAUUGUGUCUAAUAAGACCAUGGAGGAGUAUUACUCUUGUAGCUGCUGCCUCGUGCGGCCUCCGGACAAAGGCCUCAAGACUCUAUACAAUCAUCUCGGCAAAGCAGAGAUAUAUGACAAUAUGCUGAGAGAAUGCUUCGGUUUAAAUCUAAGUUUAGGUAAUGAGGAGUGCGGGAUCUGCGAGGUGUGCGUGGCGCGGCUGCGGGACGCGAGCGACUUCAAGCUGCAAGUGCAGCGCGUGCAGGACGUGCUGCACAAGCGGCUCACGGGAGCGCUCCCUGCCAAGCAAGAAACGUCCGGUCCCGAGCGAACUUGGAACACAGUUCGAGAAAACACCAUCGAGUCCCGCGCCGGCGUGCUGGAGGAAAGCAGAACGGAGCUGGACCGACUGGCGAAAUUAGUUGAUGACGUCAUUACGGACUCGACGAGGAACGAGCAUUGGGCUAGACGCUCGAACAUCAAUGUUGUACCGGAAGUGAUGGCUGCGGGUGACAACUUCAAAAUCAAGUUAGAGAAACCUGCUGGAGAUGACGCCAUUUCACGCGGGAUCAAGCAGGAGAGGCCGGAGGUGGAGGUGGCUGACAGCAACAACGUCUCAGUUGCAUUACACGAAGGAUCGCCAGCGCCUUUUGCUCAACCCGUUCCUACCGCGUCUCACAGCGUCUCGGUCGCGCCAGCUCCCAACGUUACCAAGCUCAGCUCCCAUAAUGGAGAGAAACCUUACGCGUGUAAUAUAUGUGACAAAAGAUUCGGACAGAAAGGCCACUUAAAUGCUCAUUACGCAAACCAUAUAGGAAAAUUCAAAUUCUCUUGCGAAUUAUGCAAAAGAGGAUUCGUACACAAACAUCAAUAUAUUACUCAUAUGCGGUCACACACUGGAGAGAAACCUUACGCGUGUAAUAUCUGUGACAAAAGAUUCCGGCAGAAGAGCCACUUUAAUGAGCAUUACGCAAACCAUAUAGGAAAAUUCCAAUUCUCUUGCGAAUUAUGCAAAAGAGGAUUUGUAAAAAAAUUUGAUUAUGAUUCUCAUAUGCGGAUACACACGGGUGAAAAACCAUACGAAUGUGAUUUAUGCAACAAGAAAUACAGACAUAAAGGCCAAUUAAACCAACAUAAAAAUACUCAUGUAAAAUAUGAUCAGAAUCGCGUUGAGCCAGGAGAAAUAACUACAUGCAAAAAAGAAUCAUCAGAAGAAUCAGAAGAUCAAGGACCCACAAAAUAUUUUACGUGUGAUAUAUGCAAAAAGCAAUUUUCGGAUAAACACUAUUUAGACGCUCAUUCGAAACAUCAUUCUGGAGAUUAUCCGUUCACUUGCGACAUUUGUACACGGAAAUUUAAUACGCAGUUUGCUUUGAAUAAUCAUAAAGUUGAUCACUCGGGAGGGAGACCUUUUAAGUGUGAAAAAUGUAAUAAAGGGUACACAACGAAAGGUGCUUUAACUCUACAUUUGAAAGUUCACUCUGAGGAUUAUAAGCACGCAUGUCAUCUGUGUAAUAAACGAUUCAUAAUAAAGGAGACUUUAAAUGUACAUAUGCGCGUACACACGGGGGAAAAGCCUUAUACCUGUGUAACUUGCGAAACUAAGUUCCGCUAUCGAUGUAGCUUAAAGAAACAUUUAUUGGAGAAACACAACCAAGUUAUGGACAAACAGUUCAGUUGUGAUACUUGUGGAAAACGAUUUGCAUUACAGGGCACUUUAGUAAAACAUAUGAAUAAACACACUGAGAAGGAAACCACAGAUAAAAAGAAAGACCUAGCAUUUAUGUGUGAAAUAUGUAGUAAACGAUUUUCGACAAAAGGUAUUCUAAAAACCCAUAGAGAAACUCAUAAUGAAGAAAAACCUUUCGAGUGCGAAGUAUGUCAUAAAAAAUACCGAACGAAGACAAAUUUACUGGAUCACAUGCAAGUGCACGAAGAAAAAAAACACUCUUGUGAAGUAUGUGGAAAGCCAUUCAGACAUAAGUCUGCCUUGAAUGUUCAUAUCCGACGGAUGCACGAGGAAAACAGACCACAUGUUUGCGAUAUUUGCAAUAAAGCUUUUGUAGUUCUUGCUGAACUAAAAAUUCAUAAUCGUGUACACACUGGGCAGAAACCGUAUGCCUGCGAAAUAUGUUGUAAGAAAUUUCAGCGCCCUGGUAAAGUUAAAAAACAUCUUAUAAAUGUCCACCACGAGGAACCUACGAGAUUUAUUAAAUUAGUAGAAUUGAAUAAAUAUGACUAAAUUAAAAGUGAUUAGUUGUGUAGAAGACAUUAGAUGCAAGGUGACAUUGAGAAAAUCCACUCAUUUUUAGAGUUCCUUAGUCAACUUAUUACAUUAUAGUUUCGCCAUGUCAGUCCGCGAGUUUGCUCAGUGGUCGUUGCAACUAUUAAGCUGCAAUUUGGCAUUGAUAUACACUGGAGCUUGCAAAAUGUAAAAAAUAAUAGUUUUGGAGGUAGGGUUGACCAGUUGACUCUGGUUCCAAGACUAAUAUGAAUCUAGGAAAGAAUAUUCUAGGGUGACAGUCUCGACUCCCAAGACCUAUUAGAGAUACUAAAGACUAUCGAAGUUUUCAUUAAUACUACCAAAAUGGAGAUCGGAAUUGAUAAAACAUAAAUAAAUAAACGUUUAUUCAUGAAUCGUGCUUACAUAUAAUUACAUUAAUUCUUCUGCAAAACCACAAUGUGGUUUGCUGGCAGACAAGGUACCUAUAAAUGUGUGUAAGCUAGGUAGUUUAUAAAUAUCUAACUUAAACGUAUCUAUUUCGCCCUUUACCGCAUACGCAGCACUACAUGGCAGUUAUAAUUUUCACCUCUAUUGAAAACUAUUAAAGUUCAUUUUUGAAUAAAUUAUUUUUUAUGACAUUAAGUAAGGGGUUAACUUGAAUUUUAGGCUUAGGACUUGAAAUUGA